AUGGACAUCCACCGCUGCCGUUUCGUGUCCUACAACCCGCAGGCGAUUAAUGCGCUCGCAUUCUCACAUCCUCCAUCCGCUGAUCUAGCUGGUCGCGGUGUGCCCACUCUUCGACUCGCGAUCGGGCGUGCGAACGGCGACAUCGAGAUAUGGAACCCCAUGCGGGGGGCUUGGUUCCAGGAAACGGUCCUGCAUGGAGGAAAGGAUAGAAGUAUUGAAGGACUUGCAUGGACACUGGAUCCCCAGGAGGACGGACCCGACGGUGCGAAGCUGCCCGGCAAGUUGAGGCUGUUCAGCAUUGGAUUUUCCACCGCGGUGACCGAGUGGGAUCUGGAGAACGGUCGUCCUUUGCGCCAUUCGAGUGGGAACUAUGGCGAGAUCUGGUGCCUUGCUGCACAGCCGCGGUGGCAGGCGACGCGGCGAGGCCAGGAUGGGAAGCUGCUGCCUGCUGCCGAGGGGGAGUUUACGGGUCAGCAUCUCGCAGCCGGCUGUGCCGAUGGCUCGAUCGUGAUCCUGUCUACCGCCGAUGACGACCUCAAGUUUCUCCGUCUGGUGCGCCCCUCGACCAAGAGGGCGCGCGUGCUCAGCGUUACGUUCCAGAACCGCAACACCAUCGUCGCAGGCUACGCCGAUAGCUCGAUUCGCCUCUUCGACAUUCGCACCGGCCAGCAGUUGAGAACAAUCUCGCUUGGAAAGGGUCCCACGGGCGGCUCGAAGGAACUUUUGGUCUGGUCGGUCAAAUGCCUUCCAGACGGCACCAUUGUCUCUGGAGACUCGGCUGGUGAAAUCCGGUUCUGGGACGCAAAGAAUUUUUCCCUCACCCAGCGCAUCCAGGGCCAUCAGGCCGAUGUGCUCGAUGUGGCAGUGAGCGCAAAUGGGGAUACUGUCGUUAGCGGAGGCGCUGAUCAGAGGACCGUCGUUUAUCGCAAGAAGGAGGGAGAGAAGGGAGACAAGAAAAGUCGAUGGGUGGAAUUGAUGCAUAGACGAUACCACUCGCACGAUGUGAAGACUUUUGCUGUUUAUGAGACCAAGGAUAUCAGCAUUGCUGUGUCUGGAGGCCCCGAUGCAACACCGGUUGUACUGCCGCUGCGUGAAUUUGGCAAAGAGCACCACCGGAAAUUGUCAAGUCUGCCUCAAAUUCCCCAGCUCGCCUCCUCCCCCUCGUCUCGUUUGGUGAUGAGUUUCUGGGAUCGAGAGAUCAGCCUUUGGCGUUUGGCACGAGGACCGAUCUCUCCGUAUGAGAAUAUUGACGGCCAGAGACAGAGACUUGUUGGCAAAAUCAUGAUUCAGGGCGAAGAGAACAUUACUUCUGCCAUGUUAUCCCAAGACGGGAAGAUCCUCGCUGUCGCUACGAUCGCUGAUGUCAAACUAUUCACUGUUCGCCGGCGGAAAGGUGAUGAGAAGGGUGCUCUGCGGAUACAAAAGCUUGAAGUUCCCAAGAGAAUCUCUGACGAUGGUGCACGUCUUGUUACAAUCUCCCCGGAUAGCCGGUGGCUGUGCCUUAUUCGACCAAACAGCGACAUCCACAUGGCAAAGAUCCAGCCUUCAAACACUGAGGGAGUCCAAGUCUUACCUCACCUCGCGAAACUAAAGAGAGCUGCACGGCACGCACGACACGAGAAAGCGUCUCACGGUACUCUAGGUGACUACGAGAGGACGAUUCGAUCUGUCAUCUUCUCAGAUGAUAGCAAGGUCUUUGCCUCUGGUGAUAUUUCGGGUUGUGUCGAUACCUGGGUUCUAGGCACAGAGACGGGCUCCGGUGCCGAUGGUCCCGUCAAGAGCAAUGGAGUGUCAGAAUCUGACGAUGAAUCUUCCGACGACGAGGAUGAAGAUAUGGCGAUCGAGGGCGAGCGCUGGCAAAAAGCCGCCUCUGACUCUCCUAUUCCCCGUAUGAAGUCUGGAAUAGCCUUGAUGUCCUUCCGGCCCCAGGGUACUCUGAAGAAGCUGGCCAAUGGCACUGACCACAGCCACCACGAGUAUAAGCUGAUGGUGCUUACAAGUGAACACCAGCUUAUGGAGUUUGAGGCUUUGAAUGGCAAGCUAUCGGAUUGGUCGAGGCGCAACCCGAAGGCUUAUCUACCUGCAGAGUUUCGGGGAGUGAAGGACAGAGCCAUGGGUUGCAUGUGGGAUCUGUUUGAGGGCCGAGAGCGUCUUUGGCUGUAUGGAACAUCUUGGCUGUGGAUGUUUGACCUGCUUCAGGAUUUCCCAUCUCCCGAACAAAUCGCGGCCGAAGCAGCAGCAACAGCCGAAGAGGCCAACCCGCCUGGUCAGCUGAUCAAAGCAUCGAAACGGAAGCGCGACCUUCACGAAGAGGCCGGCAAUGAGCGCAAGAAGCCCAGCAGCGGUGCAGGAGACCAGAUCCCUCGCUCGCAGACGGACAUCCACCUCGGCAGCAAGGUCCGCAAGGUUGUUGGAAGCGACGGAUCGCGGGGCGAGUGGAUUUCCCUGGACAAAGAACGUUCUCGUGUCCCCAGCGAGGAAGACGAGGUCUACGAGUACGACGAGACCUUCGCGGCAAGCAGUGAAGCCAACCUGGCCCGUCUCCGCCGUGAGAAUGGAAGCGCAGUCGAGAAUGGAUCACCCCAGAAGCACCUCGACGCCAAGGGAGAUGCAGCCCCCGCUGUCAAUGGUGCCGGAACCAUUCCCCAGAAGCAGCUGGUCGAGAUCAAUGGCACAUCGUCGCAGCCUCCCCGUCGGUGGUGGCACACCUAUAAAUAUCGGGACAUCUUGGGUAUUGUGCCUCUCAACACCGUGGCAGGGGAUAGCUCUGAAGAGCAGACGAGUGGAAAUUUGGAGGUUGCGGUGGUAGAACGACCGAUGUGGGACGUUGAGUUGCCCGGUCGGUAUGUUCGGGAUUACGAGUGA